AUGUCAGCCCAAACGUCGGUGGAAGGCGUGACUGCUACCACCGGCGGGCACGGAGGGGAGCAACCCACUCUGCGUGUCGCCAGCGGGCACACCUCUGAUUUGACGGGAGCAGUCGAUACAGACUCGGACCUGGAGAGCGUGCAGCUCUCUAAAGAAGAGGAGGAAAUCCUCCUCCGCUCGCCGAAACCAGGCACCAGCUCCCCGCGUAGGGACGGGCCGAAGCGUUCAAGCGAGGGUAUGAAGGCUAAGGCGCAAUACAAAGCCGCCCUUCGCAUCCUCAGCCGACUCAAGGGAAAAGCCGCCCUAUCCCCACAGGAGAAGGCAAAGCUAACCUGGGCCGAGCAAAGGGACUCAGAGGGCAGGCUGCACUUCGCCAACCUCCCCACCAUGGCAUCAACGGGCGGAUUCGCAAACAAGGUGGAGGAGUCGCUUGCCAACAAGAGGCAACGCUCAACCGAGAGCGACAAGAAGGACGCACCGGGGAUCAAGCGGAGACGCGGGCCGAAGGAGGUAGGCCCUCCCCCCCAGAAAGCGAAGAGGCCCAAGAAGAGGCUUAAAGUCAGUGAGGCGACCAAACGACACUUAAUCGUGGCACUCAUUGACAGAAGCGAUGAAGCCGGCAAGAUGACCGAGCCGCGGUGGAAGUUGCUGCAUGCGCGUCUCGUUGAGUCAUUGUUUACACGGAUGGAGGAAGCUCCUGAGGCCCCCAUUCCCACAUUUGAUGGUGCCGGGUGGCUGAACGGGGUCAAAAUCCUGAAGUGCAUGGAUGACCCGACGAGAAAGUGGCUGACGCAAACGGUCUGCCACCUGGAGGCGUUGUGGGAGGGGGCCCAGCUGGAGGUGGUGGACAGGGAGCUAAUCCCGUCCAUUCCUAAGGCGAAGGUCCAUAUAGGUUUAUGGGACCAGACGACUGGAAAACAGGUCAGGACCAUGAUCAACACCUCAAUAUAUACGCGGACGGCUCCAAGAUGGAAGGAGAAGUUGGAGCGGGCAUAUACUGUACAGACCCUGAAAUGA